AUGCUAGCCCUUCGACGCCCUUCGUCCCGACUCUGGUCUAGCUCGAAGUAUGGCUGGGCUCGUCAUAACUCAUCAUACCCUGUUCAGCAGUUUGCCGAGCUCGCCCGCCGUCCAUCCUCUUUACACCAAAUCUACCAAUCACUAUCAACAGAUCCCUACGUGAACCUCUCGAUCGAGCACUUCCUACUAGAAAAUGCCCCCGCAGAGUCCAGCAUAUUGUUCCUCUACGCAAAUCGCCCAUGUGUAGUUAUUGGACGCAACCAAAACCCAUGGCUUGAAACGGAUCUCCGCGCCCUUCAUAAUGACCGCAGGAACGGCACAGCCGGAGACGACGAAGCUGUGUUCGUGCGGCGGCGAUCGGGUGGUGGGGCUGUCUUUCACGAUGAAGGAAAUUUGAACUACAGCGUUAUAUGUCCGCGGACUUCAUUUACGCGCGACAAGCAUGCCGAGAUGGUGGUGCGCGCUCUUCAUCAGGUCGGGGCUACGAAUACUAGCGUCAAUGAGCGGCACGACAUUGUCAUGGCCCGGGCCGAGGGAAUGCAAAAUGAUCCCGAUGAGCCUCUGACACGUAAGGUUUCCGGAUCUGCGUUUAAGCUUACUCGACACCGAGCCCUUCAUCACGGCACUUGCCUGCUCGAUUCUCCCAAUAUUCAUGAUCUUGGUCGGUACUUGCGAUCGUCUGCACGCUGCUAUAUACAAGCCAAGGGCGUUGAAAGUGUCCGUUCUCCCGUCGGGAAUGUCUCGGCCGCAUUGGCCGACUCGUUCUUUUCGAUGGAGGGUGUAAUUCAAAGUAUCAUCGAGCAGUUUGCCCGGCUCUACAACGUACAUCCUGAUGCUGUCCUCAGGGCUCAGCGUGCCCAUGCCAACGAACCUGAAGUCUUUGCUGGAGAUUCUUGGGUCGCUGGUACAGUGGGAGAAGUGCAGGGUGAGCUAGAGCCAGCCAUUGGGAAGGGGAUUGAUGAGUUGCGCUCUCUAGAAUGGAAGUAUACCCAAACGCCUCGGUUUACCUUUUCAACAUACCCCAUUGAAGAAGACCCUCGUGAACGCCCGCCAUUACCUUCCUCGCUUCCGUCGAGUACUCGUGCCUUUCUCCGCUUCCAACACGGCGCUGUCGUUGAAAGCCACAUCUCCGUCUCACCUGAUGAGUCCACUGCGUCCGAUCAAGCCAGUCGCGUUCAUGCAGCACUGAACGGACAGAAGCUCCACGAAAUCACCUUGGCGCGAUGGUCCGAAAUCCUCCAGCAGGGACUUGGCGGGACGCAGGAGGUUGACGAUGCUCUGGUGAAAGAGCUGGCCCGAUUUUUGGGUGGCCUCUUAGGAGGUUGA